GAGCGGGCACCGGCGGGGCGGGGCGGGGGAACCGCCGGGAGAAGACGGACACGAGCGGGGCGGGAGAACGGCCGGAACAGAGCGGGCACGGGCGGGGCGGGCACAGCGCGGAGGCGGGCGGGGCUCUCUGCUUCUCCCCGGCCGUUCCGAGGCGCGAUGUGGCUGCCGGAGCCGCAGGCCGGCUCCAGCUCGCCGGACUGCCCUGACCUGCUGCAGCACGUCCAGGCGCUGCGCUCGCCGUCCACCCCCCUUUACCUCAGCUUCUUCGAGGAAGAGUGCCGCGCCAUCGCCGACCGCCUGCGCCUCGGGGCGGCCGCGGAGCCCUCGCCGGGCCUGCGAGAGCUCAGCGGGCUGCAGCCCACGCCCCCCGGACCCGCCACCUCCACGCCGCUGCCCUUACCGAGCCACGGGCAGGUCCCAGACUCGAGCGCUGGCGAGUGCGAGGCCGCUGCUGCCCCUGGCCCUGGGCCGGCCCCAGGGGAGCCCGAGUGCCUCCCGCAGCCCUCGGCCGGCGGUGGUCCCGGCGCCCGGCCCGCUCUGUCCCGGCGGGCGCGGCGCGGUCCCGGAGAGCCCUCCGGCCGCGGCCCCGGCACCCCUGCCCGCUCCCCGGGCCGCGCCCGCACCAGGCUCGCUCUCCCCGGCGCACGGGCCUCGCUGGGACUGCAGCUCCCCGCGGCCGGCACGGGGCGAGGCGCCUGGGAAACGCGGCUCCUCCGGCCCCCAGGGACCAGGCUGAAACUGACGUCGCCUGCCAGGUCCAGGCUUCAGCGUGCCAGCGGGGUUUCACAGCGGGCACAGCCUUCCAGCCUUCCCAAACUCGUCCCCCGGAGCGGAGGGAUGAAAAGUAAUGCUGCACCUGCCAGUUGCGUCGCGCGAAGCAGGGAAGCACCUGCUGCCAAGGUUGGAAGUCGUAAACAGCCCUCCUCAAGGCUUUCUACAGAAAUUCCUACUGUGGCUUCCCGCUCCUCACUGCGGCCUCCGGAAAAAGUGAUUUCGUCCAAGCAUUUUUGCCUCAAUAAAGAAUCAACUACAGAGGAUCUGGUGUUCAAUAGGACCCGAGAGGUGAAGGAAAAUGAGAACAAAGAAAGGCUGGUUGCAGCAAGCACUGUCUUGGGAGCAGGUAGAAAUGACCAGACAUGGGAGUGUGUGGAGUCCUCUUUGUCCAGUGAGUUGGCCCCUGGCCUGACUACAGGGUGUGAAGAUGCAGUUCCUGCUGAGCAGUCUGCAGGUGAUCAGCUGUCCCAGGAACUGGAGCGUGUGAAGAAAGAGCUGGAGCAAGUGAAGGGCGAGCUUGCUGACAAGACUGCCCAGUGUGAAGCCUAUCAGCAGACAAUCUCCUCCUUGCAGGCUCAGCUCAGAGCAGCAGGAAUCUGUCUGAAAGAUGCAGCAGUGUUCGACAGUGGUGACCUGGGGAGAGACUGACAGCUGGUACACGGGGACAGACAGCCAUUGUCUAGCUGUGUGAGCCCCCAGGCCAGUGAUACAUAUGGAGCUCUUGAAUUAAUUAAUUUUUCAACUCCUUGCAUGUAAAAUAAAGGUGUCUUUUGCAGUGGUGCAUGCUGUCUACUUGGGUAGAGGCAGUGCCCAGUGCUGCCCACGGAUCCCCACUGGGCAAACAGGGUAGGUCUGUGCUUGGCUACGGCUGGUUUUGCUCAGCCAGAGAUUUGAGAUCUGUUACAGGAAGGAGCUGACUGCUGGUGGAUGGAGGUACAGUGUGGCUCUGGGGAAGCAUUUCUGGACAAAAUUGAUGCUUCCAGUGGAAUGCUUGUAUGUGUGGUGGUGGUAGGCAGCUGUAUGGGCAGGUUUCUUCCUUAGGCCACCUUCACAUUGGAUGUGGGAAAAGGCAAUGCUGGCUUAUGGCACAUUAGACUUUUGUAGCCUUUGGCUAUUUAUUACUGCUUUAUUAUCAGUGACUGCAGGCACAUGGUGGCACAUGCACUUGGGACUCAGCCCAGUCCCUCACUGUUCUGCAUGCUGGUGCUGAGAGCCCUGCUCUGCUGCCUUCUCUCAGUGGUCAUUGAUGCAGGCGCCUUCUUGCACUGCCUUGUGUCUGGGUGAGGCACUGGAGAGUCUGAUGCUGGCAGUGCCCUGAGGUAGAGCUGGGAAGGCUGGCCUGUUCCUCCUCCUGUUAUUUCUGGCUGCCUUGG